GACGAGGAGAAGAAGGAGGAGACAGGAGGGGAGGGAGAUGGGAGGGGGGUCUGAACUCCUUUGAUGCCACUACUUUUCUUCUCGUGGCCCCAGUGUGGACCAACAGUUUGCUGUGAGGAAUCAGCCGGCUGUUGCUAAGAAGAAAAAAAGUUGGUUCUCCACCAACUCACUGAUUUUCACCUGCCAUUUUUUCUUAAGGAAGACUCAUCUCAUCGAGACCCAGACAUGGAGCCUGUGUUUCUCUAACUACCGACGUCAAGGAACAAGGAACAACAGGUGCUUCACUCUUUCAUUUCCUCCACCUCUUCUCUUCAGUUUUCUCCUCCGUCUCCAGUUCAGUUCACUCCUAAAGCCCCGCUGCAGUUAUGGGGGAUUGGAGUCUCCUGGGGAAUUUCCUAGAAGAAGUCCAGGAACAUUCAACCUCUGUGGGAAAGGUCUGGCUCACCGUCCUCUUCAUCUUCCGCAUCCUGGUGCUGGGCACGGCGGCCGAGUCGUCCUGGGGCGACGAGCAGAGCGACUUCCUGUGUGACACUCAACAGCCCGGUUGCACCAACGUGUGUUAUGACAGCGCCUUCCCCAUCGCCCACAUUCGUUACUGGGUGCUUCAGAUCAUUUUUGUCUCCACGCCCUCCCUCAUAUACAUGGGACACGCCAUGCACAUAGUACGCAGGGAGGAGAAGCGACACAGGUUGGAGCAGGAAGAGAGGGAGACUAGAGGUGAGGAGGGAGGAGAUCUGGAGGGUGAGAAGCAGUACCUCCAGCAGAAGGAGAACAGAAAGGAGGUGGUCUGCAGAGCUGAUGGAUCUAGUCAUGUUCGCCUAAAAGGAGCUCUGCUGCAGACUUACAUUCUGAGCAUCUUGAUUCGUACGGUGAUGGAGGUGACCUUCAUCGUGGUGCAGUACUUGAUCUACGGGAUCUUUCUGAAAGCCCUGUAUCUGUGCAAGUCAUGGCCCUGCCCCAACCCUGUCAACUGCUACAUGUCCAGGCCUACGGAGAAGAACGUCUUCAUCGUCUUCAUGCUGGUGGUGGCGGGGGUCUCGCUGCUGCUCUCUAUACUGGAGCUGUACCACCUCGGCUACAAGAGCCUUAGGAGGUGCAUACACAAGAGAGUGGAGCAGAGAAGUAAGCACAGGGCUGUAACAGUAGCUGUGGAGCCCAACAGCCCUCCCCCACCUUCCUGCACCCCACCUCCUGACUUCAACCAGUGCCUGGCAGCUUCCGCCUCCAUGAACCCCAUGACUUCCAUGGCCUCACACCCCUUCAACACUAGAAUGGCGCAGCAGCAGAACUCGGUCAACUUGGCAACGGAGCAGCAUCACAGCUGCGACAACCUGGAGGACGACGAGGAUUUCCUGAGGAUGAGGUACAACCAGGCACCGACGGAGCUGCCUAAUAACUGCUCCGCGUCACCUCUGCUGCACUCCGGCUACAUGAAGGACAAACGACGUCUGAGCAAAACCAGUGGGAACAGCGGCCGCACUCGUCAAGACGACCUGGCAGUGUGAGGUCAGAGGGAGUCGAUCAGACUUUUAGAGCCAAAAUAAGUGACUUUUUUAAAAUUGAAAAAAGUGUCAUUACUGAAAGAGAUUAAUUAAGGCCUCAUCGUUAAUGCCAGGCCAUAAUAAUAUAUAAAAAUAUUAUGCAACGAUUGUGAUGAUUUAAGGAUACACUCAUAUCAGUGAGUUAAUUAUUUCAAAUAAUGUGUAUAUGUAACAUGAAAACCAGACUGCAAAAAAAAGGCUUGAAAUGAGAACAGGGUAACAGGCGUGACACUGAAUAUUGCACAUUUUAUCAAAUACUGAAACAGCUGAAGCCAAAAAAAACAAAACACUGAGGUGAUCAAUUUAGGGAAAAUAUUAACAUACAAGUUACACUUAAACCAGCAUGGACUUUUAUUUUAAUAAGCAAAUCCAAUCUCCCACAUCUAAAGUCCCCACUUUAUCUGAGGCUGGGGUUCUUCUGGCUCCAUGACGGGCCAUGUUAGUCUGGUUGGUCCAGUGCAGGUACAACAGAUGUGGAUGAGUAUAGUUUUCUGGCCAAAUAUUGGACCUGAAGAUGAGAGGCUGUAAAGUGGGUUCAUCUGAUGUGGGCAACUCACGACUUUUAGUUACAGUGAUGUAUUUCUGGCAAAAGACUAAUUUGGUUGACAAAAAUAAAAAUCCUGGUCAUAAAACAGUCAACUGUACGAUAAAGUGCCUCAUAAAAUGAAAUAAAAAUGUUUUACUACUGGGGUUUUUUUGUUUGUUUGUUUGUUUUUAAUAUCUCCUCUGAAGUUAGGACGAAUCUCUGAUUUUGAAUAAAGCCAUUUGUUGAUUUGUUGUUGGUUUAGCAGAGGUUAUGCUUGCUAUGAGACAAUCCAGCCACUUGGUGGCAACAUUGCACUAUUUCUUUUUUUAUGUUUUUCUCCUGGAGCUGUUACGUAAAUGCUAUUUGAUACUAUGCAAUGUCUCUCACUGUAAUUGUCUCUGAAUGUAAAUUAUUUUUGCAUUUUGUACAUGAAAACGCUUUUUUUUAAUUAUUGGUUUGAUGGUUAAAUUAACACAGCAAUAAAACAAUACCAUCUUGGUCACUGUAUAUUUACCGCAGCGUUUUUAUUUCCCAUUAUGCAACAAC